UUUGUGUAUAAAUAGAGAGAAGUACUGCUACGAGUCUCUGCAAACAGCAAAUAAUAGUUGCAUUAGCUUUUACAUAAGUGACACCACUUCUAGUUUUUGCCAUCAAACUACCAAAGACAAGGGAAGACCAACUCUUCCUCUUCCCCUCCUCCUACACUGACCCACUGACCACCUGACUCCUCCUCUCCCUUCAUUAUAUAUAUAUACACACAACACCACAUCAUACAUGUAGUCCUGGUGCCUCCCUCUCUCUCUCUCUCUCUCUGUCUCUCAUAUAUUCAAAUUUGUGCUUGACAACAACGUGGACUGAAGGUGUUGACUGGUCUUUUGCCAUUUAUAUUAGCUUUUAAAGCUAAGAGACAACACUUCCUCUGAGUCUCUCCCAGACCAUCUUGUACACUAUUCACUUACCAAAUAUAUAUUACCCUUUUUCUAUUUCACUUCUUUCGCAAACAUCAGAAUAUCAGAUUAGAUUAUUACUAUUGCUUUCUGCCAUUGUUGUCCUUCUGUACAACCAUAACUUCAAAACCCUCCAAUUAUUUACCCUUCCUUCUUCCUCUCCUAGUCUCCUCUUCAUCUCUCUUCUCCCCACUUCCUUUACACAAUUGUAUGCAAAACCCACCUGGUAACUUGUCCUCUCCACUGAAUCUAUACAUACCCAACAACUCAGAUGCAUCGGUACAGUAAUAAUAGCUCUCAUAGCAACAUGAUGGGUCCAUGUUCAUGUGGUCUUUUCCACUCUCAGGGGAAUUGCUUCUCCAUGCUAUUCUCCAUGCCUAUCGAUGAACAAGAAUCCUACACCAUAGCUUCACCUUCAUCCUCUGUGGAUUGCACCCUUUCUUUGGGUACCCCAUCCACUCGCCAAAUCGAAGAUAAAUCAUCGUCCAACAACAAUCACAGAAACUCUGGUUCAUGCAUGUCCAAUCUCCGCUGGGAUAUAUUCCAAACCAACAAGCCUCAUUCAUCAACAUCCACCCACAAGAGCAGCCGUGGAGGAAGCAAUGGCAAUGGCAAUAGCUUGAAUGGUGACCCUCUCUUGGCUCGAAGAUGCGCAAACUGUGACACAACUUCGACUCCUCUCUGGAGGAACGGUCCUAGAGGCCCCAAGUCGCUGUGCAAUGCUUGUGGAAUCCGUUACAAGAAGGAAGAGAGGAGGGCAACCACAAUAGCCAACAACACAGAUGCGUCUACAGCGGGGAUGAUGGAGUCGCAGUUCCUAAUGAGCCAACAUCACCUCCACUCGUGGGCUCACCAUGGGGAGACUCAGAAGGUAGCUUCCAUGUCACCGGCUGAUCUGGGUUAUGAAUUCAGGUUCGUGGACGAUGAUGAUCAAGACUCCACCACCACCACCACAGCCGCCGGUAAUCCUUUCCUUUCGUGGCGUCUCAACGUUCCCGACAGGCCUAGUUUUGUCCAUGACUUCACAUGAUUGAUUUGAUUUGAUACAACCGGUGGUCAUGAUGAUGGAAGAUAGAUGAUCAUCAUAUACUCUCUUCUUUUUUUUUUAUCUUUUUAAUUUCCAGGUUUUGGUUGUCUUUAACCCUUUGUUUAUUUUUAUUUAUGACUUCUUUCUUAAAGGAAACUAUAUAAUCUUGCUUGAAAGGAAGAUUAGGUCAUAUGUUCAUCUCAUCAAGGCUCAGACUCUCUCUAUUCUA